UAAUUCAAUCUCCACCGCGGCAACCAAACCCAUAAUCGUAAUUUGACUCGUGCCCCCUUCUCGUUCUCGCUGCUCUGUAAAGCACCCCAAAACCUCCGACCACUUUCCCUCCCCAAUUUUUAAACCCUCGACUGUUUUUUUCUCUCUCCGUUCUCUCUCUACCCUCAGUGAACUGGACGAAGGAGAGCGCAGUCGCUCUACGACGUCGUAACCAAGAGCAACUGUAAAACAUGAUGAAAUUCUUCAGAGGCAAAGACGAUUCUUCACCGCCGUCGCCGUCGCAGUCGUUCUCUCCCUCGCCUUCGCGGUCGGUGACCGGUCCCCCGAGGCCGAUACGGCUCGUCUACUGCGACGAGAAUGGGAAGUUCCGGAUGGAUCAGGAGGCUGUCUCCAUGCUGCAGCUCGUAAAGGAACCCAUUGGUAUCGUCGCGGUCUGCGGCCGUGCCCGCCAGGGCAAGAGCUUUAUUCUGAACCAGCUCCUCGGAAGAAGUGGCGGAUUUCAAGUAGCAUCUACACAUCGCCCAUGUACAAAAGGGCUAUGGUUGUGGAGUGCACCCUUUAAGAGAACUGCACUGGAUGGGACUGAAUACAAUCUAUUACUAUUGGAUACUGAAGGAAUAGAUGCUUUUGAUCAGACGGAAACGUACAGCACACAGAUAUUUUCCUUAGCAGUUCUCCUAUCUAGCAUGUUUAUUUACAACCAGAUGGGUGGUAUAGAUGAAGGUUCCCUCGAUCGUAUCUCUCUUGUCACUCAAAUGUCCAAGCAUAUACGUGUUAAAGCUUCUGGAGGAACCACAGCUUCUGAAAUUGGGCAGUUCUCCCCAAUCUUUGUGUGGCUUCUAAGGGACUUCUAUCUGAAUUUAUCAGAGGAUAGUGGAAGGAUAACACCUCGUGAUUAUCUGGAGCUUGCUUUGAAGCCAGUCGAAGACAGAAAAAGGGACGUAGUUGCUAAAAAUGAGAUACGAGCCUCCAUUCGAGCUUUAUUUCCAGACAGAGAAUGCUUCACCCUUGUGCGGCCUUUGAAUGACGAACAUGAUCUUCAAAGACUUGACGAAAUUCGGUUGGAUAAAUUAAGGCCUGAAUUCAGAGCCGGGCUAGAUGCAUUGACAAAGUUUGUUUUUGAAAGAACAAGGCCCAAGCAAGUUGGGGCAACAAUGAUGACAGGUCCAGUUCUAGUUGGUAUCACACAGUCUUAUCUUGAUGCUCUUAAUAAAGGCGCGGUGCCUACCAUAUCCUCUUCAUGGCAGAGUGUUGAAGAAGAUGGUUGCCGAAGAGCAUAUGAUUCUGCUCUUGAGGUGUAUAAGUCUGCUUUUCAGCGUCCAAAAGAUCCCGAAGAAGCUGCAUUCAGGGAAGCACAUGAAAAGGCAGUUCAUAGAUCAUUGGCUGCGUUCAAUGAUGGUGCUGUAGGAGUUGGUCCACCAAGGAAGAAGUAUGAGGCGGAGCUCCACAAAAAGUUGAAAAAGGAGUUUGAGGAUUGUAAAAAGAAUGCAUAUAUGGAGGCAGAGUUGCACUGUUCAAAUGCCAUACAAAUCAUGGAAAGGAAGCUGAGAACAGCAUGCCAUGCUAGUGAUGCUAAUAUUGAUAAUGUUGGGAAGGUUCUUGAUGGUCUUCUAUCCGACUAUGAAGCAGCAAGUCAUGGUCCAGCAAAAUGGCAGAAACUGACCAUGUUCUUACAGAAGAGUUUUGAAGGGCCAAUACUUGACCUCGUCAAGAGACUGAUUGACCAAGCUGGGUCAGAGAAGAAUACCCUCAUGUUGAGGUGCCGCUCAUUAGAAGAUAAGUUGGGGUUACUUAACAAGCAGCUGGAGUCUAGUGAGAAGUCGAAGUCUGAAUAUCUUAAGCGUUAUGAGGAUGCUAUCAAUGACAAGAAGAAGCUAGCUGAUGAAUAUAUGGGCCGCAUAAAUAACUUGCAGAGUAAUCACAGUUCAUUGGGUGAGAGAUGUUCUGGCUUGAUUAAAACAUUGGAUUCUGCAAAGCAGGAAUCCUUAGAGUGGAAAAGAAAAUAUGAACAUGUCUUAUCAAGGCAGAAGGCUGAGGAAGAUCAAUGGAGUUCUGAAAUUGCAAUUCUCAAGUCCCGAUGCAGUGCUGGUGAAGCAAGGCUGGCUGCUGCUCGGGAACAAGCUCAGUCUGCUCAAGAGGAGGCUGAGGAGUGGAAACGCAAGUAUGACAAUGCUUUUAGAGAAGCAAAAGCUGCUCUGGAGAAGGCUGCAACUGUCCAAGAGCGUUCAAGUAAGGAAACUCAGAAGAGAGAAGAUGCUUUGAGGGCAGAAUUCGCUGAUACUCUGGCUGAUAAGGAGGAGGAAAUAAAGGAUAAGACGGCAAAGAUUGAACAUGCAGAGCAGUGCUUGACAACUCUAAGGUUAGAAUUGAAGGCUGCCCAAUCGAAAGUAGAUAGCUAUGAUGCUGAAACAUCAUCCAUGAAGCUUGAAAUAAAGGAGUUAAGUAAAAAAUUAGAAGCUACAAAUGCAAAGGCCCACUCAUUUGAGAGAGAGAAAAAGAUACUGGAGCAGGAGAAGAUAUAUCUGGAGCAGAAGUACGAAUCUGAUAUAAAAAGAUUUGACGAAGUGCAAGAAAGGUGCAAAAUUGCUGAAAAGGAAGCAACAAGAGCAACUGAUAUUGCUGAUAGAGCACGGGCUCAAGCAGAUACUGCUCAGAAGGAAAAGAGUGAGAUGCAGAGAUUGGCAAUGGAAAGAUUGGCUCAAAUUGAGAGGGCUGAGAGGCUUAUUGAAAGUUUGCAAAGGGAAAAAAGAGACUUGGAUAAUGAACUAGACAGAAUUCGAUCAGAGAUGGAAGCUCAUUCGAAAGUUACCCUACUGGAGGGAAGAGUUGAAGAACGAGAGAAAGAAAUAGAAUUGCUUUUGAAAUCAAAUAACGAGCAGAGAACUAGUACUGUUCAGGUUCUUCAAGGCCUUCUGGAAAGUGAGCGCGCAGCACAUGCAGAUGCAAACAAUAGGGCAGACCACCUCUCUCAUCAGCUACAACUUGCACAAUCACAACUGGAUUCACUCCAGCAAGAAUUGACUUCUGUUCGGCUGAAUGAAACAGCAUUGGAUAGCAAGUUAAGGACUACUUCCCGUGGGAAACGCUCAAGGGUAGACGACUAUGAAAUGGGCAUGGACUCUGUUCAAGACGUGGAGAUGAGUGAUCGGAUUUUAAGAGUGAAUAAGAGGUCUAGAAGUACUACCAGUCCGCACACACAAAAAGAAGAUGGUGGUUCAGUAUUCAAGGGAGAUGAUGAUACCCGCAGUCAGCAAACCAAUUCGGAAGACUAUAAAAAGUUCACCGUUGCAAAAAUUAAGCAAGAACUCACAAAACAUAAUUUUGGUGCCGAAGUGCUCGAGUUGAGAAGCAAUGCUAGCAAAAAAGAUUGGCUUGAUCUGUACGAGAAAUGCAUCCUCCAGAAGUUGUGACCAGUUUAAAUCUACAGGGAGUCGUUGCAGGUAACUAGUCCAGGAUCUAGCAAAAGCUUCAAGAUCUCAAUGGUUUGGUUUUCUGGUAAACCUCACCGGCGUUGCUGCAAAUAGUACGUUUUAUUCUAGUGUGACUACAGAAGGUUGAAAUAUUUAGGCGCCGGCGCUUUAGGAAUUUGAGAUCAACUACCCUUUAGGUUAGCUGUCAUUAAUUUGCCUUUAUCUGUGUGUGUGUGUGUUUUUGCAUCCUUUCCGUCUCCGAGUUUUACACAUGCGAGCAUGUUUCUUUGUUGUUCGCCGGUGUGAUUCAUCACGCGUCUUAGUUGUAUGACGAUUUCCGAGUCUAGGGAUUAUAAGCCUAGGGGUUGAUUGGUUUGAUUCAGUUUGUGCUGUGUGGUUAUGUUGAUGACAAUAGAGAAGUUGUAUUGUAUUCAUAGAGAAGUAAGGGAUUUGUUUGUUCCAAGUCGUUUGCAACAUUUCUUUUGCAUCCGAA